AUGGCCGACCAGCACUCGCUCCACGAUUCGGUGCUGGACCAGCCCACCGAGCACCAUGUCCACCAGAAGCGCAGCUCGCAGUCGCCCACCCAGCAGAAGCGCGCCAGCUCGUCCCCUACCGGAGCCGCGGCCAUUACGGCGCAAGAGCAGGCGGAUGCCUUCGAGCAGGCCGAGGACGGGAUCGAAGCCAACGACUACACCUCGGACGACGACCAAGGCUACGAGUCAGACAGCGCGUCCACUACGUCGGCAUCGCUCGCCUCGUCGGCGCGCAACUUCAUCUACGAGAACGGCCGGCGGUACCACAGCUUCCGCGAAGGCACUUACUCAUUUCCCAACGACGAUCGCGAGCAGGACCGCGAGGACCUGAAGCACGCCAUGUACCUGAAGCUCUUCAAUGGCACGCUGCAUUUCGCCCCGCUGGACCCGGAGAAGAACAUCAACGCAAUCGACCUGGGCACCGGCACCGGCAUCUGGGCCAUAGACUUCGCCGAUUUGUACCCGAACGCCAACGUGCUGGGAAUCGAUCUGAGCCCCAUCCAAACGGAAUGGGUGCCCGCCAAUCUGAAAUUCAUGGUCGAUGAUGCCGAGGAUGAGUGGUUACACCCGCGCAACACUUUUGAUUACAUCCACACCCGUCACACCGUGCAGGGCUUCCGCAACUGGCCGAAACUCUUCGAGCGCGCGCUAAGACACCUCAAGCCCGGCGGCUGGAUGGAAUGCCAAGAGAUCGACCACAUGCCCAUGUCCAACGACGGCACCCUGGCCGACGACGACGCCAUGCUCAAGUACUGGCAGAUGGUCACUGACGGCCUGUCCAACGUCGGCGUCCCUUUCCGCUCUGCCCCCGUCCUCAAGCGCUACAUGGAAGAGGCCGGCUUCGUCAACGUCACCGAGCGCGUCUUCUACACGCCCAUCGGACCCUGGCCCAAGAACAGGCAUCUGCGCGAGGUCGGCUUGUACUGGCGCGCCGUGCUGAUGGAGGGCCUUGAGGCCAUCGCUCUUGGGCCCAUGACCAGGGGCUUGGGUUGGACCAAGGAGGAGAUUGCUGUGUUUUUGGCUGCCGUGAGGAAGGCGUAUACGGAGCCGUCGACGCAUUCCUUCAUGCCGUUUUAUAUCAUUCACGGCCAGAAGCCGGAGUGA